AUGUCAGCCAAGCAUUUCAUCAAUGAUCCCACCAAGCUGGUGAACACGGCCCUUCACAGCCUCACGCUGACGAACCCGAGCCUCGCCCUCGACAAGACGAACAAGAUCAUCUACCUCAGACCGACCGCCAAUGCCGCGCCCCAGACCUCCGUGAUCAGCGGCGGCGGCUCCGGCCACGAGCCCUCGUUCUCCGCCAUGGUCGGCAAGGGACUUCUCUCCGCCGCCGUGGCGGGAACCAUCUUCGCCAGCCCCAGCGCCGAGCAGGUCCGCACCGCCAUCGCCUCGCGCGUCGACACGUCAAAGGGAGUCCUGGUCACCGUCAUGAACUACACCGGCGACGUCCUGAAUUUUGGCAUGGCCGUCGAGAAGGCCCGCGCCCAGGGGCUCGAGGUCGAGAUGGUGGUCGUUGGCGACGACGUCGGCGUCGGACGCGCAAAGGCCGGCAAGGUCGGUCGCAGAGGUAUCGCCGGCACCGUGCUCGUGCACAAGAUCGCCGGCGCGCUGGCGGCCCAGGGACGGCCCCUCAGCGAGGUCGCCAAGGUCGCGCGCCUCACCGCGGACAACCUCGUCAGUGUCGGAGCCAGUCUGGAACACGUCCACGUUCCGGGCCGCGCGAUCCCCAGCGAGAAGGACGAGGGUGCGCUGCAGCUCGGCGAGGCGGAGCUGGGCAUGGGCAUUCACAACGAGCCCGGCUCCGGCAGGGUGAAGGCGGAUCUGCCGGAGCUGGUGGCCAAGAUGCUCACGCAGCUGCUGAACCAGAACGACAAGGACCGGGCGUUCCUCAACGUCAACUCGAACGAGGUCGUUCUGCUGAUCAACAACCUCGGUGGUGUGAGCGCCCUGGAGCUGGGCGGCAUCACGGCCGAGGUCGCUGCGCAGCUUGAGGGCAGCUACGGCAUCCGCCCCGUCCGCAUCCUGAGCGGCACUUACAUGACCUCUCUCAACGGUUUGGGCUUCAGCAUUACGCUGCUCAACGUUGUCAACACGGAUAUCGGUGGCCCUAGCAUGAUUCAGCUUCUGGAUGCCCCUUGCGAGGCUACCGGCUGGUCGUCUCCCAUCCUCAAGGAGACCUGGGAAGCUAAGAACACUGCCAUGAGAGAGGAUGGAAGCGGCGCUGAGCAGGCCACUAAGCCCAGCGAUCUCAAGUACGACGCUGCGUCCGCUACUAAGACCAUCACCAAUGCCUUGAACCGCAUCAUUGCUGCCGAGCCCGAGGUCACCAAGUACGACACAAUCGUCGGUGACGGCGACUGCGGCAUCGGCCUGAAGAGAGGAGCUGAGGCCAUUCUCAAGCACAUCUCCGAAAAGCCCCUGACGGGCGACGCUGUCGUCGACCUGGCCUCCGCGGUCCCCGUUGUCGAGAACACAAUGGACGGCACCUCGGGCGCCCUCUACGCCAUCUUCCUCAACGCCCUGGUCGGCGCCCUCCGCUCCCUUGCCCCCGGCACCGCCGACCCCAAGGUCUGGGCCGCCGCCCUCAAGCAGAGCAGCGACGCCAUGUCGCGCUACACCCCCGCGCGCCCCGGCGACCGCACGCUCGUCGACGCGCUGUACCCCUUCGUCGAGACCCUCGGCGAGACGGGCGACGUCAAGAAGGCUGCCGAGGCGGCGCGCGCCGGCGCCGAGAAGACCAAGGGCAUGAAGGCCAGCCUCGGCCGGACGGUGUACAUUGGCGGUUCCGGCUUCGAGCAGGUCCCCGACCCUGGCGCCUGGGGCCUGAGCUGCUUCUUCAACGGUCUUGCUGGCGAGGAGGACGGGUGGGAGAAGUUGUAA